ACCGCGUUAACUUGUCUCUGAUCGUCGCUGAUUGAGCAACAGUUUAUCUUAUGGCAAUGAAGUAAUAAUUUAAUGACAAUUUUAUUUUAUUAAUUAACAUUAACAAUAAUCUUGACAAUGAGUGAAAGUGUAAGCAAGCGUAGUAUCAGUAGUAAUAAUAAAAAUGCCAGUCGUCCAAUUUCACGUCGUAGACUUCCAGAUGGUUUUGGAAUGGUAGCGCGUGCUACUAAACCCCCGGUGACUUAUCGUCUUGACGAAAAUGUUAAUCGUUUAUCCUUAUCUUCACACAAGAUAAGUGAUGGGGGUGUAGGUAAAUUCGAUGACAAAAAAACGGAGAGGAUAGAGGAGCUGCCGUCAUCCGUGAGAUCCAAGCCGAUGGAUGACGUAAAAAAGAGCGAAGACGGCGGGCGACCUGUCCAAGUUGUGCUGGCGCAUCCUGAUCACACAUUCGAGCUUGACGAAGAUGCACUCGCUGAAAUUCUUCUCAAGGAUGACAUCAAAGACCGCAGUGUUGUGGUCGUCUCUGUUGCUGGGGCUUUUCGCAAAGGAAAAAGUUUCCUUCUUGAUUUUUUUCUUCGUUACAUGAACCAUCAAUAUGGUGACAAUAAAUCUCCAAGUUCGUGGAUUGGCGAUGACAAUGAGCCUCUCAGUGGAUUUUCCUGGCGCGGAGGUUCUGAGCGAGACACAACCGGAAUUUUAAUGUGGUCAAAAGUGUUCCCAGGAACAAUGCCAAACGGUGAGAAAGUCGCGAUCAUCCUGAUGGACACCCAGGGGGCGUUCGACAGCCAAUCGACAGUACGAGACUGCGCGACAGUAUUUGCCCUGAGCACGAUGCUGUCCUCAGUCCAGAUCUUCAACCUGUCGCAGAACAUCCAGGAAGACGACCUCCAGCAUCUCCAACUGUUCACCGAGUACGGACGACUAGCCCUGGAGAAAUCAGGGAAUACUCCGUUCCAGAAGCUCGAGUUCCUAGUCCGGGACUGGAGCUACCCCUACGAGGCCGAUUACGGAUCCGAGGGUGGCCAGAAAAUCCUCCAGAGACGACUGGAAAUCUCCGACCGCCAACACCCGGAGCUCCAGAGUCUGAGAAAGCACAUAAAGUCCUGCUUCUCGGACAUCUCCUGCUUUCUGAUGCCCCACCCAGGUCUGAAAAUUGCUACCAACCCCAAGUUCGACGGCAGACUGGUGGAGAUUGAGUCCGACUUCAAGCACCAGCUCAAGGAACUUAUUCCCUCGCUGCUUGCGCCGGAGAAUUUGGUCACCAAGAAAAUAAACGGACAGACUGUUCGGGCCAGGGAUUUGCUCGAGUACUUUAAGAGUUAUAUAAGAAUCUACAAGGGCGAUGAACUUCCGGAACCGAAAAGCAUGCUGGUAGCGACUGCCGAGGCUAAUAAUCUCUCUGCUGUAGCAGAUGCCAAGGACCUCUAUCUUCAGAUGAUGGAAUGUGUAUGCGGUGGCACUAAACCGUUCUUGGCUACUGCGCAUCUCGAGUCUGAGCACCAGAGGUGCGUUGACAAGGCGCUACAUUUGUUUUCUAAUAAACGGAAGAUGGGGGGAGAUGAGUUCAGUCAAACUUACAUGGAGAAACUUGUUAAGGAUAUGGACGACGCUUUCCUUCAAUUUAAAGCCCACAAUGAAAGUAAAAAUAUUUUCAAAGCAGCCCGUACGCCAGCCGUAUUUUUUGCCAUUGCCGUAACGAUGUACAUUUGCUCCGGAGUAUUUGGACUCGUUGGACUUUAUACGCUUGCUAAUAUUUGUAAUCUCAUUAUGGGAAUUGGGUUGUUAACUCUCGUAUUAUGGGCGUAUAUCAGAUAUAGCGGCGAGCUUCGUGAAAUAGGAACGCAAAUCGACGAAUUAGCGAGCGGAAUCUGGGAAAACAUAAUGAAACCAGUUUAUCAACAAUUUGUCGAGAAAUCUGUGCAUGUUGCGGUUCAACACGCAGCUAACUCAGCAAACUCAACACUUGCCAACGCAGCAAUUAACGGAAAAUAUAAAGUACCGUAAUUAAUAAAAAGAAAAUUAAAAAAAAAAAAUAAUAAAAAACAUUUUAUAUUAUUAAAUUAUCGGUUUUAAGGUAACCUAAAAUCGUGCUUGAAGGUUAACAAUAAAUUCAAGCGAGAUUAUGGGUAGAAUUGUUGUUAAUCUGAUGCUAGACAAUUCUAAUACAUUCUAAUAUAAUCUAUUAUUUAAAAAAUUAUGUUGAGUGAAUGUAUGUACAGUAUUUACAGAUUAUAACAGUGUUGUAUGUUGAAGGAUCAACAAUAAACAAGUAAAAAUUUUAUUGUUGACAGUAGGGUCUUUAAUGCACGAUUAAAUGUUUUUAUACAUAAUCAGAGAGUUUAACUAAAUAAUAUCUAUUGUAAUGUCGAUGUUUUAAAGUUAAUGUAGAUAUAUAUAUUUAUGAUAUGAUUAUUGAUAAUAUAAGCUGUCAUUAUUGUUUCAAGUUUAUUGUAUAUAAUUAACUUAAAUACGUAGACAUGUCAAGCACUUUUGUUUUUAAUCUGCCAUACUAGCGUAAUUAUAAAUUAAUAAUUGGCUGAAUUGAUAACAUUUUUAACGAUAAUCAUAAUAUUAAUUAAUAAAACAAUGUUUGUUUAUUUAUUUUUUAAAUAAAUUAAUAAUUAAGCUCUCUGCGAUUAUUUUUAUUCAAAGGUAAUGCGCGUGUAAUUAUGGGUAGAAUAAAUGCGCAUAUUUUUGUA